UUUUCGAGUGUUUCGUUUCGUUUAACUUCUGCGCUCCGUGGUGGUUGUUAUGGAGCUGUCGAGAUAAAACUCAUUUUGCAUAGUGCUAUUAAUUUGUGCUCAAUGAGUCAAUGUCAAAUGUGUUGAAUCGUUGAAGAAUAUUAUUCUGUUUAUCGCUCGCAAAACAAAGAAAGUGCUUUUUGAUUAGAUCCGGGGAAAAGUAUGUUAUCCUAGAUAAUCCUGUUUUUCGUGAAGAUUAAGUAACUCAUCCAUGCAGCAGUUGGGAAAUUAGUCAUCGUCAUAGUAUAGAGCUUGUGGACUAGAGAAACGGUGUCGGUAAUCUGCAGCAGUUAACUUUUCUGCGUGGUGAAAAAAAGAGCGAUUUGCUGCUGAGAAGUGAAGAAGUGAAAAUGGUGCCGAUGAAAAGGAUUUAUCUUGCCAUACUUAUUAUGGUGGUGAGCAGCAGUUUUCACAGCAACCAGGUGAAAGGAGAUAAAUACGAGGACGAGGAUGACUACUAUGACUCCAGAGAACGCGUCCUGGAGACGUCAUAUCACGGUUUGAUCAAAGAGAAUGAAACAUUCGUCGAAAUUACACCGUUAAUCAAAGUCGACGAAACAAAAAUAUGCGGUUUCCACAUAAUCAAAAAGAAUAAGGAGAUACCGUUUCAGAUCGAGCUGGUCAACGAGUUGGGCAUACUGAAAGCGAAAAAAUCACUGAACUGCGAAAAGCGCAAAAACUACAAAUUCGACAUCACAGCGGUGUUUUGUGAUGGAUCGCACUCGAAAAGCGCAAACGUUCACAUCUCAGUGAUUGACAUAAAUGAAUAUUCACCUACAUUCCUGCAACCAUCGUACGUCACAGAGGUGGACGAAGGCCGUCUGUAUCAGGAAAUCAUUCGGGUGGAAGCGACGGACAAAGACUGCACGCCACUGUUCGGGGACGUGUGCAAAUAUGAGAUUCUCACCAGCGACCAGCCUUUCACGAUCGAUAACGAAGGUUCGAUCCGGAACACGGAACCGUUGUCACACAAAGCCUCCCAUAAUCACAUACUGUCGGUGGUGGCGUACGAUUGUGCAAUGAAACAGUCGGCCCCCGUCAUGGUGAAUAUACGGGUGCGGAGGGUUUGCGAGGCACACGUUAUGGGUGUUGCCGAACGGAUUGAUUAUAUUGCAAAUUCGAUGGAAAGUGUGUCACUGUUUCCCAAGAUACACCUGGAGCUGUGCGAUAUGCAGUGCAAGGGCGAGGACAUCGUCAUUCAGUCGUCGGUUUCGUUGAAAACAAAACACAUCUCAUUUGGCUGUGAUCGGGAUGCGAGCCAGUGUAUGAAAAAGCUUAGCGAGGAAGAGCAAACCGAGGGCGGGAUGAUUGAUUUGUUGCAGAAAAACACCGAAUGGACAAAGGAUUUGGUGUACGACGAAGGAACGGAAUCGAUUUUCCAUUUUGAUGGAAGUUCCGGCGCUAUAAUUCCUAAGACUGUUAUUAGGCCGCAAGACUUUGCUGCUCAUCAGUUCAGUAUAAUGACGAUGUUCCGCCAUCACAGUAUCGCUUCGAAUGACAAACAUACGAAAGAACAUAUCAUUUGUAGUGCCGAUGAUCACAAAAUGAAUCGCCAUCAUAUGGCUCUGUUCGUGAGGAAUUGCCGACUUAUUCUACUGCUACGUAAGAACUUUAACGACGGCGAUUUGAAUAUUUUCAGCCCCGCCGAAUGGCGUUGGAAGAUUCCCCAAGUUUGCGACAAUGAAUGGCAUCAUUAUACAAUCAAUGUGGACUUACCAAAAGUUGAUCUCUACAUCGAUGGUGUUAAUUUCGAAAGCAAUGUUGAGGAUCGUCACAGCAAUCCAGAAGUUAUCGAUGAUUGGCCUCUUCACGCCGCUCAUGGAAUUAACACUACUCUCGCUAUUGGUGCCUGUUAUCAGGGAUCUGAAAAUCGCCUAAAACAUGGAUUCAGUGGAGACAUUUCGGAAAUCAAGCUGUCAAUGAAAAAGAUUCUAACAACAAACCAAAUUCGAUGCGGAACCGAUUGUGCGGAGAAAUUGUUGCCUCCCGCUGACCAUUUUCUGGAACCAGAACAACAAAUUCAGUCGAAUACUCAAAUGAAUAAAAUUAUCAUCGAGGGUAGUAAUAAAAGUAACAUCGAACAGUUGUUGCAGCAAAUUCAGUAUAUUAACAGCAAAGAUAAUCCAACGAUUGGCCGUCGUAACAUCCAAGUCAUGACGACCGUCAGCUGUCCAAACAAAAAGGCCAUUCGGUUGCCCACGAUUGAUACUUACAUCAUGGUCACGUCAUCGAAUGCCUCUUUGUCGCCUGCUACUUCCUCUCCCACCUUGUAUAAUAAAAUCCUUGUUGACAAACCAUUAACGGGCGACCAGAAGCCGCAGAUUGUUAUCACCGGCAACUCCAAUCAUUUGGUUUCAUACCCCGACAUCAAGGAAGGUGUAAAAAUUCUAGCCCAGAUCAAUAUAAGCAUCUACACCGGCAAAGAUAUACGACCAGCUCUGCAGAAACUCGACUCCUGCAAUGUCAAUGUAUUCCCAAGUCUGAACCCAGAUCACGAAGAAAUUACCAUCGAUGACAAGGACGGAACCGAUGACUCACUCUUCAAAUUCGACAUUAAAACCAAGAUCAGUAAGGACGGUGUAGAAAUGAUCGGUUAUGAUACCAUCAAAAAUUAUCAGCACAUCUUGAAAUCGUUGGUGUACACAAACAAAAAGCCGGCUUACUAUUUGAAUCGUGUCUUCAAGCUGACCUGUUCCACGGUGGACGAUCACUUCCGAAGUGCUGAGUACACUCUAACGUUGACAGUGUUGCACCCGAAACAGCAGCCAACAUCGGCCUCCACGACAUCCAAUAUCUUGCUUGCUGUGCCAUCAGUCUUACCCACCAUCACCACCGAUGGUCAAUUACAUUCCAGUGCUGCCAUCGCAGCGGAUUCGCAUGACACCAGUCAAUACGCCCACGCGAUGCUCCACUCGCACGAUAUACAGGAGUCGCAGUCCAAGGUGCACAACUUGGCCCACGAGAAGGCGCAGCUGGCCUCGUCUCACUCGACCAUGUUGAUCGUGGUUAUUUGCGCGUCGUUCGUGCUGCUGAUCUGCGGCGUCGGGAUAGCCCGCCUACGAAACAACGGUAGCGUUAGUGGCGCAGGUCCGUCCCGGAGUCUGGACAAACAUCACGCCUGCCCAAAGGUGGCAACCGAGCAGCAGCUGGACUGGGAUGACUCGGCACUAACCAUCACCAUCAAUCCAAUGCAGAACGAUAAUCUCUCGGACGAUAGCUCUGAGUCGGAGAAUUCCGACUCGGAAGACGAUGAAGUUAUCAAUGGACGCUACAAGAAUGUAAGCCAGCUGGAAUGGGACAAUUCAACAAUAUAAAUUGAAUAAACCAACAAUUUAAAAUUAUGGAAAAUGUAUUGCAUGUUUUAAAAUUAAUAAAACAAACAAUUGAGAAAACAAGCAAAAUUGCCACUUCACAACUAUUCCUCAAAAAUACACACACGUCUACACAGAGACACACACGAACACACACACGGCAUGCAGACACGGAUUUAAACAGGAACACGUAACGUUACAGUAAACAGCAGCAGCAGCAGCGUAGCAAAUCAGAGGUCGAAUCCAAUCUGCGAUUCGAAAACGGCGUGGAAGACGAAUAAUUAGAGCCAAUCUACGCGCAUUAUUUACUAGUAAACAAUAGUGAUAAUACACAGAAAGGCCAUACUGGCAGAAGUUCCAGCAGCAGCGUAUAGAGAAAAAAAUGGAGAAAAGUGUGUGAAAAAAUCGUUGUUCAUUUUAUUUUUCCAUGUUGUGUCCCAUAUGUAUAUGAAGUAAAAAAAGGGCGGUCACUCAAGUUAUCAUUUGUAUGUAUAUUUUUAGAGCCCAACUGAAAUGAAAAUAUAGAAAGAAAAAUAUUAGCAAAAACCCAGAUAGUAAGAUGAGGCACAGAAAGGAGCAAGACGCAGUUAAGAAAAUGUUACAAAUAACACCGCCAUCAUAGCAUAAAUACGAAUAUCAAUCGCCACGCGUACCAUUAUCUACUGUCUUAUAUCUGAGAUAUCUCUAGGGCUUUCAUGAAAAGUAUAACACAAAAACACACGCUUCGAUAAGAACAAAUUCGGGCUUAGCGUAACGACAAAAAUGACAUGCUGGUUUGAUUUAACACACACAUAGUGAAGGUGUAUCAUUUUUCUUCGCGAUGCGUUAGAUGGAGGAUUUGAAAAUCUUUGUUCGAAUCGUAUUCCGAAAAAAAAAUAAGUGGAAUAAUACACAAGACCACUCGUGAGCUUUCGGAAGUAAGGAUCGAAGAGGAUAAUCGAAAGACGUUUCGUCGUUCCCACUGAGUUGCUGGAACUACGAACCACAUUCAAAUGGUGAAAUAAAUGCCAGGGGCGUGAGGAAUUAAGCGGUAAGUUGUUUCCACAUUUGAAAACUGCAUUCCUCAUUCAAACGGGUAUCUGUUUCUAACGCUUGCAUUUAAAAAUGGACAAUUUUCAGAUGGUAAAGCAAAAAAAAAACUACAGAAGAUGAUUUAAUGGAAAACAAUCCCCAUGAAACAAAAUUCUAUUAAUUCUUCUUCCAUUCUUUGUUUUUGAAAGGCUUUAAAUUCUAUUGAAUGAUGUUACAAAAAUAAUUCGACGCCCUGUCGGGCGGCCUUUUGCCAGUUGGCAGGAGCUUUCGUCACUGCUGUCUUGUCGGCAUGUUCUUCAGUUUUUUUCGCCAUGAAAUUGUAAGAGUAGACCAUCCGCUUCAGGUUUGCCCAGAAAUUCCCGAUGGAAGGCAGCUGGGAGACGUCCGGAGGGUUGGCGGACUUCAUAAAAACAUCUAUCUUCAAGCGGUUGAUCUCCUUGGCGGAGGCCAGGUCCCGUCAAAACAUCAUAUCCUCUUCCGGAUGAUAUUUUUGACUGGUUCCCUGUCUAUCGUUGCCGUCCACCGUUAAGUACGCCGUGACGUUCCGCUUCGCCGAAAAAAUCUCAUUCUCCAUCCGUGGCUGCUAGCUUGACUAGUUUGAGAUUCGAGGAAGAUUCCAAAUGAGGGCUACUAGCCUUGAAGAAAAUGAAGGGGGAAAGGCCCUUUACCAGACGCUUAGAGUAGGCACAACUGAAGGAAUGCGCCUACUGAUGUGAUCCGGUGGAACCACGUCUUCUGGGAUUUGGCCGGGCAGAGCCGGAUAGAGGAAGGAAAAUAGGAGCGGAGAAGGAAUCAAUAGGAAAUUUUCUGAUUCCUUACCGAAUUAUCGAUCGCAGAACUUUACGCUCAAAAACAUCGAGCACUCGUCGGUCAGCUUUCUUCAGCGUCCAUGCUUCAUGUCUUGUUGGAGAACGCAUCCCCCUGCUUCAGUCCAUUUAACGUUACGAAAGCGGCUGAUAUCUUGCCAGCUAUCCGCACGCAUGACUUCGAUCCUUCCAGUGUCAUACGACUCAGCCUAAUAAAUUUCGUCGGAAAAACGAGCUCCAGCAUAAUCUGAUACAGCUCGUUUCUUUUCACUGAGUCGAUGGCCCUUCUUGUAUCCUUGUAUCCUCCCUGUAUCUUUCUCUCUCUCUCUCUCUCUGUUCUGACACGUAGCCGCAGUGAGCAUGCGGCUUCUGACACGGAUCUUCUCGUCUGUAGCUCUCUGGCACUCGGCAUCAAACCAGCCGUUACGCUGUCUUCCCCGCGUCGUACCUACCACCUCUCUCGCAGCCGUUUCAAUGGCACCGUGAAUAGUACUCCACAGCCCAUUUAUAUAUUGUUUCUCCUGCUAUUCUGCGAUCCGUUGAUCCAGCUUUCCGGCGUAUUCUUCUGCCACGCCAUCAGCUUUCAACUGCAUCGUUAUCUCUGUGCGGGAUUUCAGUUCGACAACCGUGCGCGGAUCCUAAAAACGACGAGAUAAUGGUCAGAGUCAAUGUUUGGUCCGCAGAAAGACCAUUAGUAACAUCCGAAAAGUGCCGACCGUCAAUCAGUACGUGAUCGAUCUGGGAGCAGACUUCUCCAUUAGGGUGCCUCCAAAUAUGUUUCCAAAUAUUCAAACGUGGAAAAUAGGAGCUACAUAUGGCCAUUCCUCUGGCCGCGGCAAAGUUUAUCAGCUUCAGACCGUUUUCAUUGGUUGACGAGUGAAGGCUGUACCUUCCAAUGACCGUACGGAAGAAUUCCUCCCUCCCAACCUGUGCGUUUGCAUCUCCGAUGACGACUUUUACAUCGUGUUUUGUUUUGUUGUAGUUGAAUAAUUUGCUCUUAAUCCUCAACACGCAUAUACGGUCAUCAACGGGCCUCCAACGCCGCCACUAGAAGAUCUGGUACUUGAAAGAAGUGUGUGCAAUAGGGUCUACUGCACGGAAUUCCUUUUCUCCGGAAUUUGGCCAUUCAUUGAGAGAUCUGACGUUCCAAGUACCUAACUUCCAAUCGUUUACCUUCUUCGUGUUCCGUGUUCGUUGCCUAGGUCUUUACCGCCUCAUCCGUUCCGUAUUUCUAUAUUCGUUGUUCGUGGUUAGGAUGGGUUUCGGUAUGCUAGCUUACCAGGGUCGCGAUACCUACAUUCUCCUGAUGGGGCUGCCAUCUUAGGUGUAGCUGGCGGGAUACAGCAUUUCAUUCUCAGCCGCUCGCUCCGAAACAGACGCUGUUUGGGCCGCUCCUCAGACGCACCGGUCUGUUUUUUUUUGGCUGAGAUGCUUAUGGCGGCGUCAACUCGCCAUUUUGGGGUCGUUAGGGGAGAUUGUGUCGACUAACUAACUCCUGUUGCUUGUUCAGGGGUAUUUUUUCAUUGUAUUCGCACCUACCCUCCAUAUCUGUAGGUCAAUUCGCUAUCCACAAUUUGCGACCCUUCCGAUUCCUUGCAGCUAGGCUAAAUAUCGAACCUCACAUUGAAAAUGCGAGAAGCGUAUUGACACCCACUACGACACCCAUAUUGAACCCUGUGAGAAUCACUACGACACUCGGAGUGAAGAAAAAACAAUCAUGUAACCUUAUACUAAACAGACGGACGAACGAGGGAUGUUGAUUCAGGCGCACGUAAGCGCAACAUCAUUUUAAUUGCUAGUCAUACGCGUCGUCAAUCAGCGAUCGGCUCCGCCUAUAUAUCCUCAUCCUUGCUCUAGUUUAUUGCCCUUCCGUUUAACAGUAUUAUAUUCUUCGCACGAGAUGGUGCUCCCAGUAAACAAAAACCAUGAAGCGCAGUUGCUUUACUGUUUUCACCAUAACUUCCGCAGUUCAACUGAUAGCGCUGUCAAAUUUUGUUUGAAAACUCAUGUGUUACUUUGAUUGACGCAUGAAAAAUUGGUGAAAUUUGUCCAUUUUUUUAAUGCAAGCGUUACAAAUAUAAUUGGAUUCAAUUUUUGAUACAUAGCCAAAUUCAAAUAAUCCAGAAUUCAUUUCUGUAUUUGAAUGAUCGAAAAUAAAAUAAAAUAAUGGCUUCCUCAGCUCAGUUUCCAUUCUACACUGAUUUGCGCCCUCAUGUUAAGUUCUUCUUAUGUUCUCGGAAGAAACGCAUCGUGCAACAGCGCAGACAACACAAAUUCAGGCCACCAUGUUCGAUCGAAAUUUACCGAAACAGUAGCUCCCCAAUUGAGGAGGGUAGUGACGAAAUUUUGCACGCAAGUAAGCACGAACAGACAUAGACACUACCACAGACAGUUCUAGUUCAACUUGAAACCGUCCAUAUUAAUUGUUUCAUAAAAGAUACGCAUCGAGCAAUACUGUUCUCCUCGACAAAAACAAAAAUAUUUGUGUUCUGAUCACCACAGCUUCUUUAUCUUACCUUACCAACAAAUCGCAGACCCGAACAGGCGCACAUUUGGUCAUUCCCCCAUUUCCCUAGGAUUACAGAUAAAAACCUGGAAUUCGCAAACAAAACUUUUGAUUCUUCAAUAGUUUUUAAACAUCGAUUUUUAGUUAUAGUUUUUAUUGCUUUUCUAAAGCAGUGAAUCUGAUGGUAUAGUCGAAAAAAUGAAAUCAAAAUAAUUUUGUGAUACGAGUGUGAAGAAAUAACAUAUAAUAGCUACUUUUUUUUUGUUUCGUGAUGAACAACAAGCAAAAUAUGGUUCAGGGCUCACAGGGCCCCAUAGCGUAUACAAGAUUUCCUUUUUAUUUCAUUAGUUGUAAUAUUUUCUACUUUACGAUAUAUCUACUUUAAAAGAUAUUCCGAUCGUAAUUAUGCUUCUUUUCUUUGAAGAUAAAUUUGUUGCUCAGUCUACAUAAAAGCGGCAAGGCUAAUUUUAUUAUCACCUAAGUUAACACAUCUAGACAUAACUCUAGCGUUUAAGUGAAGACAAGUUUAACAGCAAAAAUGGGAAAGUGUACAUUAAAACAAAAAUUGGAAUUUAACAAUAUAUUUAAUACAAAGCGAUAAAUAUAUCAUCACUAACACAUGGUUUUGUGAAUAAACAAUGGUGAGCAUAAAUUAAGAAGCAAAAACACAUAAUGCAUAGAAGAAUCCAACUUCAUCUAAUAAGUAUUGAGAAAGCAGAAGUUAAAUUUCAUAAUAACUGAACAUAAUAUAUAUAUUUAUAGUCAGUAUAUUAUUUUGGGAAUGGGAUGAACCAGUGAGCCAGAUUCACAGCUACAUACAGCUAAACGGGAAAAAGAAAAGUCAUAUGGACGAACCGCUGUUUCAAAAAAUGUACAUGUUGUUUGAAGACGCUGGAGAAAGCAGCUAAAACUGCGCGUCAGAUUGUGGUGCAGGUAGCUUGGGAAGGACAGUUUAUGGAGCAGACGAGAAUAUGGAAACAGCUAGCAAACUCACACAGAGCAGUUAGAAUUUUGAAAAAAUACCUUCAAAACAUCGUUUAUUCUGAGAAACUUAAAUGUUUGAUUCGUCACUUAAUACGCUGUCUCGAUCUGAGGACAGUACAAAUGAAUAAAAUCUGGACAAAAUCAGCACCACAGUUAAGCUGAAUAAAAGAAUGGAAAGAACAGGUGUGUUGUAAUCGAGCUAUUUCCGUCCUUCCACAGAACAAAACACCUUCCACAUCUCAGACACAACAUAACGAUGACGAUUCAGACAAAAAAACGUGUGGCAGUGCGCAUAAAAUGAUGAGAUCAUGAAAUUUUACUAAUCAUAAUGGCUGGCGAAUUAAAAUAUAUAUACAAAAAAAAUUCGUAAGAAAAACAAAAACUCGAUGCAGUGAAAAAUUACUUUAAUAACUAUGCUUAAGUUUGUGAAAAAGCAGUAUAGAACAAAACGUAUUUGUGUUUAAAUGUGAAUACUUAAAAUGGAAAAUUGAGGACAACCACAACAAUGAUGUGUGCACACACAGACACACACACACACACAUGGGUAGUACGCAUGUAAAUGUACACAAAUUAGCGUAAAUAAUUUUCCGUUAACGGUCAUCCUAUAUACCGACAACAACAAGAACAAAAAAAAACACUUAAGAAGCAGAUUAAGAGUAAAGAAUGAGCAAAGCAGUCAGGACGGGAGUAAAAAAAGCGAAAAGUAAAAUCCAAGGGAUUUCCUUCAUACUGAACGCCGCUUCUACAAUCUUACACUAGUAUAGAAAAACCAGCGAACUAAACAAAAAAAAAAAAAGAAAUGCUUCUUUAUAUUAUCACCGGUAAAAACAAUAGAAAGGAAGAAAUGUUCAGCACGAUUUGAGCGGAUUGGAUGGAUUCGUUUUAUUUUUUAUUUUUCAUUCUGACCUGUUACAAAGAUGGAUAUUUUUAUAUUUUAUUUCGUUCUGAAAGUAUUGCUUUCAUGUUCUGUUCGACGGGUUAAUAGGUCACUUUUGUUCUUAUUAUCAUUGUAGAUGAAAAAUGCAUCUUGUUUCGUUCGAAUUCGCAAACGGUUAUCGAAAGCGAAAAACAACAGAAAUCUAUAGAGCUAAACUUUUAAAGAGCAUCAUUUUUGAGAAGGGAGGGAACCUUUAGAAGUAAACCGAUCCGUGCAACAUUCAGUCCCCUACUUUUGUUUCGAGGAAUAAAGUUUAAAUAAAAAAUA